CGCCUCGUGCUCCAAUUCAUUCGUUGGCAUCGUUGCGGGCGACGAUUUUACCGUUGCCAUUGUAGUGUUAGUUCGUUGUCGUCGUUGCCAUUGCCGCUGUCUUUCACCAUUUGUUGUUAUUGCCAUUAAAGUUGCAAAGGUGAUAAAGCAAUAAAAAAUAAAAUAUUACAACGUUCACCAUGAAAAUGUUUGAGAUAUCCAAGUUGUUUUCGCUGCGAAGAAACCCAUACAAAAACUAACACAACUAAUACGAUUCGCAAAUCAAAAAUCAACUUUUGGAUAUCAAGCUAAAUUAUCAAGAACCAAAACUCAAAUCUGUAAAUAAAUUGUCCAAGAAAAGAUCACCGCUCAUUCAAUCGUACUACUACAACUACUGUCUGUAUAAUGUAGUGCACAUACAUAUAUCGUAUGUGAUUGUGUUCUCUCUCAUGUGUUCGUGUCAAUCAAAUAACAUCAUUAACAUUCUAUGUGCUCAAUGCAAAGCAAUGCGUCGUGCAAACAUCAAACGUGGUCAAUGUUUGAGUCUAAGACCACAAGGUAGCAGCAAAAUGGAUCGGUAUGAGAAGCUCAGCCGAUUGGGCGAGGGAUCCUACGGCGUUGUCUACAAGUGUCGAGAUCGCGAGACUGGAGCCCUGGUUGCAGUGAAAAGAUUCGUCGAGUCUGAAGAUGAUCCGGCCAUACGCAAAAUAGCAUUGCGCGAAAUAAGGCUGCUCAAGAAUCUCAAGCACCCGAAUCUGGUGUCACUUCUAGAGGUCUUUCGUCGCAAGCGUCGUCUGCAUCUGGUCUUCGAAUUCUGUGAGCUCACAGUGCUCCACGAGCUGGAGCGUCAUCCACAGGGCUGCCCGGAGCCACUCACCAAACAGAUCUGCUACCAGACACUGCUGGGCGUGGCCUAUUGCCACAAACAGGGCUGUCUGCAUCGGGACAUCAAGCCGGAGAAUAUACUUCUAACGGCACAGGGUCAAGUGAAGCUUUGUGACUUUGGAUUCGCUCGAAUGCUGAGCCCAGGCGAGAACUACACAGAUUACGUGGCAACACGCUGGUAUCGAGCACCAGAGCUGCUUGUAGGUGAUACACAAUACGGCACUCCGGUAGAUGUAUGGGCCAUUGGUUGCCUCUUUGCGGAACUGGUGCGAGGCGAGGCGCUGUGGCCGGGACGCAGCGAUGUAGAUCAACUGUAUUUGAUACGCAAGACACUUGGCGAUUUGCUGCCAAGACACAUACAGAUCUUUGGCCAGAACGAAUACUUCAAGGGCAUAACGUUGCCAGUGCCCCCCACGCUUGAGCCGCUGGAGGAUAAAAUGCCAGCGAAGGCAUUGCAAAAUCCGCUAACCAUCGAUGUGCUGAAGAAGUGUCUGGACAAGGAUCCAGCCAAGCGUUGGUCAUGUGACAAACUCAUCAAGCACUCGUACUUCGAUGACUACAUAGCCAAACAGCGGGAGCAGGAGCACAUCAAUAGUCUCGAGGCAGCAACACUCCGGCAACAGCAAUUGGCCUCACAGCAGUUCAUGCUUGCCACAGCAGCGCAGCAGCUGCAAACUGGAGCGGCACAAGCGGCUGCUAUUGCCGCAGCGCGUGAUAAAUCAAAGACUUCAAACACCUCGUUGCCGCUGCUGCCAAGCAACCAGCAUCAUCAUCACACCCAUCAGGAUUAUGUGAAGCUUCAGCCACUGAACAAGAAUGCAGCGAUGCUGCAUCGCACCGAGCAUCAUCUGCCCACCAUUUGAAGAGGGAACUCUCUCCAAACUCGUUCGGACUGCACUCAAUUCAAAUUCUUUAUUUCAUCCGUUUGGGAUUGGGUUCAAUUAGAUACGCGAUGAAUGUGAGAACAAACGUUGCAACAAUUGUAUUGUUAAUUUCAAAAAAUAUAUGUAAAGUGUGUAUAAAUAAAAUACU